AUGCCUGGUACAACACUUCUUCACUUCUAUUGGAAACUUGUAUUACAAGAGAGCAGCAACUGUAUUAGAUGGUCACCCACAGAAGCUUAUACUUGCAAAAAUACUCAUUCAUGGGAAGGACAUCCCAUGAAAGAUGUCAGUGGUCAUUCCAUGGUCCAGAAUUACAUGUAUAAGGCUUUGGUAGAAAAUUUGUCAACCCUUGCUGCAUGCACCAAACAGAUAGCUAGGCACUCCCUGACAACUGCUAAACAUCCCUCAAAGACCACUCCUAAAAUAGUCUUGAAUAAGUACCUAUUCAAUGGUGGGGUUAUAAUUACCUACAGCAUCCCAGAGGAGUUGCUAGCUACCAAUCCAAAAGACCACCAAGCCUACACCAUGGCCCAGGUGCCUAUUUUUCAGGUCUGGAAACUUUGGAUGCAGGAGGCUGAAAGGGGGACAAAGAAGCAGAAAGACAUGGUGACAAUUUGCAGACAGAACUACAAGGCUUCUGGUGGUGGAUCAAUUGGACUUUGCAUUACCAAGAAAGAAGGACCAGAGUUCUUAGAAGUAGUCCCUCUCAGUGCUGAAAACAAACCAUUUUUUGCAAAUGCAGAACAGGGCUGGGUGAUAGACAAAGAGGGCCUUGAUCUGCUGGUGCCCCCACCAUACAUGCAGUGA